GGGGGUGGUAAACAGUACAGAGGGCCAGUCAGGGAUAGGAGAGAAGAAGAAAAACAGGAGACAAAAAAAGGAAAACGGUUAAAGGGAAGAAAGAGGUAAAGAACCGAAAGAGUAAGUCACUGUGCUUGAGGAAGGAAGUCAGGAGGAAGCAUGGGGUCAGAGAAGAGCCCAGCGGGGUCUGGUGCAGGGCAGAAUAAGGCCAAGCCAGGUCGAAGAGUCUCAGGUGCCGAGGGAAGCCACACAUGCUGCGGCUGCCGCUUCCCACUGCUCAUCGCCCUGCUGCAGCUGCUACUGGGCAUCGCCAUCACAGUCGUGGCCUUCCUCAUGACCACCAUCAGCCCCUCUCUGCUGGCCAGGGAGACCCCACAUUGGGCUGGAAUUAUUUUAUGCAUUGUAUCUGUCCUGGGCUUUGUGCUCUAUUUCAUCACCUAUCUGCCUGAUGAGAGGACCUACACACAGUUCAUCAUAAAGCUUAUGUACUUCAUCCUGUGUUCAGUGGGGCUAGUCAUCUCCAUUAUAGUAAUUGCCUUCCAAGGCCACCACUACUCUUUGACCAAUGGCUUCAUAUGCAGGGAGACAAACCAAGACUGUAUCUGCACACUGGAGCCAGAGGACCCCAUCGCACGCACCUUCACCUACGCCGAGGUGACAGACUGCACUGCCGUCACAAGCACUCUCAUGAUGUACUACCUGCUGCAGAUGGUGUUGAAUCUGGCUCAGGCUAUCGUCUGCUUGCUAGGAGCUUUCAUCAUGUGGAAGCACCGCUAUCAAGUGUUCUUUGUGGGCUUGCAGAUGGGUUCACCCACCACUCAGCAAUGGCAGAAGGUUUAAGAGUACGGCAAGGGACAAAGGCACUGGGAGAAGGGACAAAAUGUUCUUCUGGAAGCAAAACGUGCUUCAGUUGAGUGUUUUGUGUGUUGAGGGAAAGUCCAGAAUUUCCCACAGCAUGUCUGUUUGGUGUGGGUACAGAUGAAGAUAUAUUUUGCAUGGCGUGGCAGUAGCAUACUGUACUGCGGUUGCAAAUUACAGUUUCCUGUCCUUUUUUAGGGCUUCUGUAUUUUUCUGUAAUGGCGUCUGGACAUUUCCACUGAUAUAAAUGUAUACUUGCUCUUGCCAUGCCAAGAAGGAUAUUCUUAUCUAACAGGCUGUAUGUGUGAUCCAACAGGACAGCUGUCAUUCUGAGAGAGCUACAUAUUCACUCUGUUUGCAUAGGAUUUGCAUAUCAGACUGAUGGCCUGAAUAGGUAGCAAUUAUAUGACAAUCCCCAUUGUUACCUUCUCAACAAAAAAGUAUUGAUAAAAGUUCCAUCAGGUGGUGGUGCUCAGAAAGGUGUCCUCCAUUUUAGUUUGUUCUAGUCACUAUUGUUAUAGUUAAUAUUUAUUUAUUAACUUAAGUAAAAGGGCCACUUGAAUUAAAAUGGUUACUUGAAUCACACUAACGUGUGUCAGGUGUUUUUUUAAGAAGUUUUCCAUUUCUUAAUCCAAAACUAAUCCAUAGAUCAUGCCAUCUUAAAUCUAACUGUGGUUUUAAUGGAGUUUUACAGCAACAUGUUUUAAUAUUGCGAUAUCAAUUCUGUAUCUUUGUUGACUAUGUCCCGAUAUUGCAGUGUAUAUGAUUUUAUUUGCUUUUUGUAACCGGGAGCCGCCCUUUAUACUUUUUUAUAUGUCACAUUUAGAUGAAUAUUACAUUGUUUUACUGACAGCUGCACACUUUUUUUGUAUUAUUUUGGUUUGCUUACAAAUGACAUUUAAUCUCUUUCAUUGUUUAACAGUCAAAAGCAAACUGUCUUUAAUCUGCUUUAGUUACAGUCAUUGCUUAAACUUGCUUAUUGCCAUUAAUAAAUAUAAGAUCACUAACAGAAAUAGUCCUGCACACAGAGUGGCAGUUGUAAAUCAUGUCCAGUAAACGGACAGGCUUGUGGUCUAAAGUCUUUGCUUACACAGUGGAUAAACAGCACUACUGUCAGCAGCAGAGACAUGGGGUCAGAAGGGGGGUCAGAGGGGGUACUCAGACACACAACAGGUCAUUGUCUGAUCACUGCUUUUACACCAAGUUCUUGUUACAUAAAUGACAAAUACAGAACUGACCAGGUUUAACAAUCUAUCAUGUAACAAACAUCUGAAGAGCAUUUGAUGAUUUGUACUAGUGCAGGAGUUGAACAGAGUGUGUACCAAAGUGUCUUUUUGCAGACAGUGUAUGAUUUUUGAAGUUUGACACUUGUAGAAAGAGGAGUAUUUAGAGCGUGUGCUAUAUGCUUGAGAUAAAAAAAAAAAAAAAACAAGCUCCGAA